AAUGGCCUAUAAUCAAUGUUUAAAAAUAAUAACAGCACUAAGAUGCUUACUGCAGUGCGAACCUAUUUUGAACCGUGGAGAUUUGGUUUCGUCCGCCAUUCUCUGCAGUGAAUAUGGCGUCAUUGAAAAGUGUAGGAGUCGAGAAACUUCAUGUAAAUAACGAUAGUUAGAGAGCGUAGAAUAGCUAGGGGAGUUUCAAAGCCGAGGCAGACCUCUGACUUUAUACAAAACAAAUAUAUUUCCAUUUAAGUAUGCCUCGUAAGAAGCCAUUCAGCAACAAACAGAAGAAGAAGCAGCUUCAAGUCAAACGGGAGAGGAAGAGAGGUGAUGGGUCCGGGCCAAGCAGCCGCAAUGCCAGCGUGGAGAGAGGAGCAGAGAGGCAGUCUGACACAUCAGAUAGCGAGGCCGCUGAUAUUAGGAGGAUCAAUCAACAGCCUGGCAGAGAAGGGAGACAUGACCCCAACAGGUUCCGGCUGCACUUUGAGAGGGAAACUAAAGAGGAGGUGGAGAAGCGGAAGAAGGUGGCCAGGGAGAAGAUCCUUCAGCCCGUCUCAGAGAAAGAGAUGGAGAUCAACAUCGGUGACAUCUACCCCGCAGACAAAGGUCUUGGUAUCCCAAGACGACCAUCGUGGACCUACGACAUGACCCGCGAGCAGCUGCUGAGGAAAGAGGAGAAGUCUUACCGGGAGUACCUGGAUGACCUGCACUCCAGAAACCCCCCGGGCUCCCUCAGCCACUUUGAGCACAAUCUGGAGACAUGGAGGCAGUUGUGGAGAGUGUUAGAGAUGUCUGAUGUUAUCCUGCUCAUCGUGGACAUCAGGCAUCCGGUGCUGCAGUUCCCCCCCUCCUUGUACAGCUACAUCACAGAGGAGCUGCGCAAGCAGGUGGUGUUGGUGCUCAACAAGGCCGAUCUGUGUCCCCCCCCGCUAGUGAUCGCCUGGAAACACUACCUGGCCUCCCAGUUCCCCCACCUGCUGACGGUCUGCUUCACCUCCCACCCCGGACAGGCCUACGCCACAGUGCUUCAGAAAAAGAGGCUGAGGAAGAAAGCUGGCUGUGGCCAGGCUGGAGGCCCUACAGAUAUCAUGAAGGCCUGUCGGGAGAUCACGGCUGGAAAAGUUGACCUGGCCAGCUGGGAGAAGAAGAUCAAUCGAGAUGCUGUUGCCGAGCGACCAGACGGGGAGCCAGCAGGGGAUCCGCUGGAUCAGGUGCUCAUGGAGCACCAGAGCGAUGCGGCGAUGGAGAUGAGCAGGCCCUCUGAGGAACUGUACAAGGAUGGGAUUCUCACACUGGGCUGCAUAGGUUUUCCGAACGUCGGCAAGUCGUCUGUGAUCAACAGCCUGGUUGGAAGGAAGGUGGUGAGCGUCUCUCGUACCCCGGGCCACACCAAAUACUUCCAGACCUACUACCUCACCCCCACGGUCAAACUGUGCGACUGUCCCGGCCUGGUCUUUCCUUCCCGGGUGGACAAACAGCUACAGAUCCUAGCGGGCAUCUACCCGGUGUCCCAGCUGCAGGAGCCCUACAGCUCAGUGGGGUACCUGUGUGAGCGCACCAGCUUCCUCUCCCUGCUGAAGCUCAAGCAUCCCAGCCUGGAGGACGCCCCCAAACACCACAGCCUGGGGGACUACGACAAACCGGAGCCCAGCUGGACCGCCUGGGAUGUGUGUGAGGCCUGGGCAGAGAAGAGAUGCUACAAGACGGCGAAGGCGGCUCGAAAUGACGUGUACCGCGCGGCCAACAGCCUCCUGAGGCUGGCUGUGGACGGCCGGCUGUGUCUCUGUCUGCGUCCUCCGAGCUACAGCUGCCUGAAGGGAAACUGGGAGAACCACCCGGACCUGCCGGAGAUCAUCGCCCUGCAGGGACGGACGGAGGGCGACGAGGCCGGGGAGCGGGAGGAAGAGGAGGAGCUCGAGGAGUCCAGCACGGAGCCGGAGGAGGAGGAGAGGGACCGGGACGCGGACGACGACGAGGACCGAGACGGUGACGACGAAGACGAGGGCUUCAGGGAGUCCAGGAAGAAGGAGGCUGUGCCCCCCGGGAACCUCACUGUCAACAUGUUCAACGUGCUGCGGGAGAACGAGUGUGAAUGAGGAGGAGGAGGAUGACGAUGGGAGGAAGGGUGAAGCACUGAUGGAGGAGUGAGGCUUGCACCGCAUGGUACCCUCGCCUUUUUCCAUUUAGAAGCCCAGUACACUCAUUCCAUUUCAAUUGUUCAGUUAUUUCCAUUUCCUCCCUUCCUGAUGAAACCAACCAUCAUUUUUUCUCUUCUCCCAUUCACGUCAAAAUUUGACUUAAGUUCAAUACUUUGGUUUUGUCGUUGAAGUUAUUUUUAUUGCAGCCCUUUCCGACACCAGUAUUUUUUCAUCUUGUUAACAUUUCAGUUUUUACCUGAAUCAACCCCUAUUCAAUUUAUUUUAUUUCCCAAAUCACAUCAAAAUUUGAUUAAACCAAUGUUUUAUUGAUUUGUUAUCUUUAUUUCCUCCCUCCCCGACGCCUUAACAUUCUGUUCAUGAAGAGGUUCCACUCCAAUCCAUUUUAUUUUAUUCCCACUCGCAUCAAACUGUGAAGUACUUUGUUCUGUGCCGCCCUGCCCUGCGGCUCCACGUGCUUAAUCACCCCGGGGUUCUGUUCUGGGGAUGGGUUUGCUCUUGCUUUGAUUUGAUUUAGCUUGUUUUUCUCGCGUGUCGUUCAUCAAAGCGAUAGAUGAUUAAAAGCUUGUAUUCCUUAGACAGGGACAGGGUCUUUCUGGAAUAAUCUCUUGUUGGUCCUUAAUUUGUUUUCGUUAAUUAGUGACCUCAUCGCUGAAAAAAUCUUUGGUCGCCGGUCAGGAUAAAGAAAGAAAAAUAUCAGAAGAUGAGGUCAUUCGUUGGGCCAAACAUUUGCUUCCCAGGAAAGAGGAGGGAGCUAAAGCACUUUAAGUCAUUAUAAAGUCAAAUUGCAACCAUGAAAUGUCACUGCUUCGGUUGAAGGGGUCGGGUGGGUUGUGAUUAGUGGAUUAAAUAGGGGGGAAUAGAAUUCCCCACCUGUUUCUAUAAUAAAGGAAGUGUAUACACUCCACAGUCUGAAGUUGGCUUUGAUUUGAAUAGAUUAAGUGAUUCUGAUUUUAUACAUUUUCCCCCCAUUCAAACCAACCCAAUACUUGAUGGGUGGGGUAGAAUCAGUUUCUUUUGCUGUACUCAGAGUGCUUACCUGGAGGGCCUGUAGUGUUUUAACUACCUGGAAAAGGUUCCCAUCAUAUCCUAAUGGAGAUGCAGCUGGACCAGGCUGUUGGCCCAUGCAAUGACAUGGCUCUGUUUGGCUCUUAGAGAAGGAUAUACUGCAAUUCAUGUCAGACAAGUGAAAUAUUUCAAAGGCUCGUUUUAUACUUUAUGUUUUAGAUUAAUAAAAUGUCAAAUGAGUGAAAUUUGAAUCCUAGCUGCUCAUCUUCCAAAUACAUCGGCCCCUCAAUAUGGGUUAUUUUUCCUCUUUGGUCUUUGACAUUUCUACUCUGCUAUGAAUUGUGGUAUACAAAAUAUUGCUUUUGGCAACUCUAUCCCUGUGUGGUGUGCUAAGCCUAUGCUACAAUCCUACGAGUGCUGUAUUUCCCUUUUCAGUGUGCUGUUGUACCUCAUGUUCUGCAUUACAACUUUAAUGUAAAGAAAAUCCUACAGCACAAUUCUGUGUUACCAUGUAAUACAUAACACUGCGAUCACAUGCACUGGUAAACUGCCAUUGGUAUUGUGUGAAGCGACUCUUGAACACUACCCUGCUGUUCCAAGCACAGUGGACAUGGUUGUGUUUAUCUGGCCUUAUGGACAAUUACUGACAAACUUUUAGAGUGAGGGCAAGUGAUUAUGAAGCCAUUUUCUGCAUUCAUCUCCUUCCUAUUAUGGCUUAUGGCAAUGAACUGGACUGCUCUCUCUGCAAUAAAAAAACAAUCAUUUAAAACCAAA